AACAUUCAUAGGUCUUUACUCUCUGAGGUGGGUACCAUCAGAUCCCUUAGGUGCGAGCUGUGUUGACUGCCAUUACUCAUUUUCCCUUGUUCUCAAUUAUGUGUGAGAAGAUGGCUCUGCACACCCCCAGAGGCCUUUGGACAGCAGCUGCGAUGGUCAUGCUGAUGCUGAGCACCCCAAUGACUGAGGGCAGAGACUCUCCAGAGGAUUUCGUGGUCCAGUUUAAGGGCCUCUGCUACUUCACCAACGGGACGGAGCGGGUGCGGCUUGUGGUCAGAUACAUCUAUAACCGGGAGGAGAUCGUGCGCUUCGACAGCGACGUGGGGAAGUUCGUGGCCCUGACGCCGCUGGGGCGGCCGACCGCCGAGUACUGGAACAGCCAGAAGGACUACAUGGAGGAAGUGAGGGCCUGUGUGGACACGGUGUGCAGACACAACUACCGGAUUGAGGAGAGCUUCACGGUGCAGCGGCGGGUGGCGCCUGAAGUGACCAUCUCUCCAGCCAGGACAGAGACCAUAAACCACCACAACCUGCUGGUCUGCACAGUGACAGAUUUCUAUCCAGGCCAAGUCAAAGUCUCGUGGUUUCGGAAUGACCAGGAGGAGACGGCUGGCGUUGUGUCCACUCCCCUUAUUAGGAAUGGUGACUGGACCUUCCAGAUCCUUGUGAUGCUGGAAAUGACUCCCCAGAGUGGAGAUGUCUACACCUGCCACGUAGAGCACCCCAGCCUCCAGAGCCCCAUUGUGGUGGAGUGGCGGGCACAGUCUGAAUCUGCCCAGAGCAAGAUGCUGAGUGGUGUCGGAGGCUUUGUGCUGGGGCUGGUCUUCCUCGGGCUGGGCCUUAUCAUCCAUCACAGGAGCCAGAAAGGACUUCGUGGGUCUCCACCAACAGGGCUCCUGCACUGACUCCUAAGGAUGUUUUAACUAGGAUUGCUUCUCGUUAUCCUGUAAUGCCUGCCUUGUCUUGCUCAGAAUUCCAGCUGCCUGUGUCUGCUUGGUCCCCCUAUGAGAUCUGAGUCCUGCAGUGGUUCGCACACAGCUGCAAGGUCACCUCGUGUGACCCCUGCCCCAGGAUCUAUCUGGCUGUGACUCUGGUUCCUGCACUGACCCAGGAGCUUCUGCCGUGUGUGCUGCCAGCUGCGUCUACACAGACCCCAUGGAGUUUUCCGUUUCUGUUCCCCCCACAGACUGCUCAAGAGAUACACAGUGAACCCAUUUAACUGACUAUAGAGCUUUUUUUU